AUGGGCUCAGUGGAGCUGUUGGGCAUCACCGAAUCAUCCGACAAUCCGAUGUACUCGACAGCUCUCCGAAAAACGGCAAACAUUUUCCCAGAAGCGCUCAAAAUUUUGGACAAUCCUGAGACGAUUUCGAGAAAAGAUUGGAAAAAGAAACACGAACAUAAAGGAGAUAUUUGUUAUAAUAAACAUUGCUCAUUAGGGAAAUGCUAUACGUUAACGAAAGAAUACAAUGGACCAGUGGAAGAUAUCUUUUUGCAUCAUUGGAACGAGAUCGAGACAACUCCUGACUGGAAUCCACAGGUUCACUCAGCCAAGAAAGUUAACACGAUCUCGCCAACGGCUGACAUUAUACAUUACUCUACUUCGGAUGUGGUUGUUGUGAAGGGACGAGACUUUGUCGUGUGUCGAAUUUGGAGAAAGCUAAAUGAUGCAUGGUUUGUCGUAGCGGCAAGUUUCGAGAACGAUAUCCCGGUCAUAUCGAAGAAGAAAAGAGCGAUCGCUAAUGUGGUGGCUGGGAGAUUUGCGCCGAAGAAAGGUGAUCGAGAAAAGACAAUUAUUGACUAUUUGGUAUCUGUCGAUUUCCCCGGGACAUCAAUUCCAAAAGCGGUUCUUAGCAAGAACAUUGCUGAGAUGGUUGUUCGCGAUGCACGCUACGCGGAAAAGCACUUGGCUAUGAUGAAGGCGAAGAAUGAACCGGAAAAA